AUGUCCUUCUCCCAGUUCUACUACGACCCCUUUGCAGAGUUCAACCGCAUGCUCGACGAUGCCCUCACCGAACGCCGAGACAGCCCCUCCCAGGGUCAGCUCCAGCGCCGCGCAGCCGGCCCAGUCCGUGCGGCAUGGCCCAACAUGGACGUGCACGAGGACGCCCAGAACAACCUCGUCGAGGCGACGUUCGAGCUCCCCGGACUGAAGAAAGAGGACGUCACCAUCGACGUCCAGAACAACAGGCUCACCGUCUCUGGCGAGAGCACCCAGUCCACCGAAAAGGACGACGCCGGCUACGCCAUUCGCGAGAGGCGCCACGGAAAGUUCUCCAGGGCGCUGCAGCUGCCGGCCGGCAUCAACACAAACGAUAUCAAAGCGUCUAUGAACGACGGCGUUCUGACCGUCGUAUUCCCUAGGGCUGCGCCAAAGGAAGGCCCCAAGAAGAUCACCGUCGCCUGA